AUGUCUGCAACUUCAAGCCCCGUGGAACACAAGCUCCCCCAGCGAACGGGUACCGUUAGCAGCAGCUUCACCCGUCGCACUUCCUUCAGUGACGAUGAGGCCAUUCCGGAUACCGACAGCAGUGAGACUAGCAACCUCUUGAUCGAACGUCUUCGUGCAUGGAAGCAUAUGUGUGGAAACCUCGAAGACUAUGUUUCUACCACCGCCAAGCUGUCAAAAUCCCAGUCGAAGGACCAUGAGAAGAUCCUCAAGACGGUCAGUCAGCCAUUGAAGGAGGCUCAUCACUUCAGUCAAUCCGAGGGCGGCAUGGCAGGCCUCUUCAAUAAUAUGCGCAACAACUCUCAGGGAAUGGUCAACAUGUACCUCGAAACCGAAAAGAGCCUGACGGCCACCGUCCUCCCGACCCUCGAGCGUCUCCACAAAGAAAUCAAGAACAAGUCAAAGGAGCUCAAGUCUGGAGCAGCAAAGGGAGCCAAGGCCGUCGACAAGGCUCGCACACUUACCCAGAAGCACAUCGAGCUCCUAGGCCAACACUCGGCGUCACACGACUCGGCAAUGGGCACCAAGAUCGAGCAAGCACACGACCCCUACAUCCUUAGGCGCCAGAUCAGACACCGCCUCAACAAGCAGGUGACCGAGGAGAACAACCAUCGCCAGGACAUUCUCACGGUGCAAAACUCCUUCCAGCAAUUUGAGGCUCACGUCCUGCAAACUGUUCAGGCCGCCUUGGAACAAUUCCACCAGAUCAUGGGCGGCCAGCUCGACCGCCAGCGAGCCAUGUACGCCGACGUCCUCGGCGCCGCCCAGCGUAUCCCCCCAGACUUCGAAUGGAUCAACUUCUGCGUAAGCAACGAUGCCAAACUCGUGAACCCUGACUCCCCUCCCCGCGAUUUCGCAAACAUCACCUUCCCCAACCAAGAUCAUCGAUCCACCCAAGCCCUCCUUGAAGGAUCCCUCGAGCGUCGCUCUCGAGCCGUUAUCAAGGGAUACAGCUCGGGCUACUAUGUCAUCACGCCCGCGCGUUACCUGCACGAGUUCAAGGACGAUGACGACUUCCGCCGUGACCCCUCCCCGGAGCUGUCGCUCUACCUGCCCGACUGUAUCGUCGGCGCUAUCGACGGUGUCAAAUUCAACGUCAAGGGCAAGGAUAUCUCGAGCAACAAGGUCGGCAAUGCUUUCCACGCUACCACUGAACUGAUGUUCAAGGCGUCCACCGCUAGCAACGCCGAGAAGUGGUGGUCUGUUAUCAAGGACUCCACUGGUUCGGCCCCCGCGGCCGCUGCUAACGGUGCAGCUGCUCCUGUCGCUGUCGCUGCUGCUGCCCCGACCACCCUGGCGUCCCCUGUUUCGCCUGUCAAUGGCUCCACAAGCCCCGUUGGCAGCGUCUCGGGACAGGCUAACCAGCCCCCUACAUACGCCGAGAAGGAGAAGAGCGCGGAGACGGCUAAGGAUGCCUCGUCACCUGGUGCUACCACCCCCGGCUCGACAAAGCCUCUCAGUCGCACCGCUAGCUCAGGAAGCUACUUUACAGGACCUACUGGUACAGCUGCGGGAGACAAAUCUUAG